CCGACUGGGCCGGACCUGGUUCAAUUCACCCCGAACGCCAGAAUAAAUGUGAUGCGCAACGGUCACUUGCAAACAGUUGCUCGUAGGUCGUAGAUCUAACACGGUUCACCAAAGGGAAGCGGAAAACGUGCGAUAAAGUUUAAAAAUGGCGAAAACACUGGAAGAAUCUCCCAAUGCCCACAUCAACAAGACCUUGUUGGACAAGUACAUGAACUUGCCCAUGCCGGAGGGAAAGAUCAUGGCGACGUACAUCUGGAUCGACGGUACUGGCGAAAACGUGCGCUGCAAGGAUCGCACCCUGGAAUUCAUCCCUGAAAAACCAAGCGAUCUUCCCAUUUGGAACUACGAUGGAAGCUCAUGUUAUCAGGCUGAGGGUCACAACUCUGAUGUUUAUUUGCACCCGGUGGCCAUCUACCGAGAUCCAUUCCGGCGCGAAAACAACAUUUUGGUGAUGUGCGAGACCUAUCGUUUCGAUGGAACUCCUACAGAGUCUAACAAGCGCCGAACGUGCCGAGAAGUGUGCGAUAAAGUGGCCGACGAAAAGCCAUGGUUCGGAAUUGAGCAGGAAUAUACGCUGCUAGAUGUUGACGGUCAUCCACUGGGUUGGCCCAAGAACGGUUUCCCCGGUCCUCAGGGUCCGUACUACUGCGGAGUCGGAGCAGAUAAGGUUUUCGCACGCGACAUUGUUGAGGCACACUACAGAGCUUGUCUGUACGCCGGAGUUAAAAUUUGUGGAACCAAUGCAGAAGUCAUGCCAGCCCAGUGGGAAUUCCAGGUUGGACCGUGUGAAGGCAUCUCGAUCGGAGAUGAUCUAUGGAUUGCUAGAUUUUUACUCCACAGAGUUGCUGAAGAAUUCGGGAUUGUAGCAACUCUGGACCCUAAACCGAUGCCUGGUGACUGGAACGGUGCCGGGGCUCACACCAAUGUGUCAACGAAAACCAUGCGCGAAGAAGGAGGCAUCACGGAGAUCGAAAAAGCUAUUGCAAAGCUGUCUAAGUGUCACGAGCGCCACAUCCGAGCUUACGAUCCUCGUGGAGGAAAGGACAACGAACGUCGCCUCACAGGAAAACACGAAACAAGCUCGAUCCACGAUUUUAGUGCAGGUGUUGCUCAUCGUGGUGCAUCAAUUCGUAUUCCGCGAGGCGUUGCUGAUGAGGGUAAGGGCUACUUCGAGGAUCGUCGACCGAGCUCGAAUUGCGAUCCGUACUGCGUGUCGGAGGCAAUUCUCAGAACCAUUUGCUUGAAUGAGUAAGCCAUUUCAACAAACAGACCAAAGCUCGUAUCUUUCCAUUUGUUGCCUCGUAAGACAUUGCCCGAUUGGAAUUGUUUCUCUUAACGUUAAGUUUACAUUUCGAAUAAACGAUAUAUUAUAUUAAUAUACACCACUCACACCAGAACAUUCAAAGUUUCAGAAUAAAACGUUGUUAUUAUGUGCAAGUUGGGAAACCAAUUGAAAUUUCGCAAACGAAUACCAAGAACGUGAAUAAAGGUUUCAAACAGCU